AUGCUCACCCUUCUUAUAUCAGAUCUAUACUUCUACAAGCUCGCUGAAUUUGGUCUUGUUCUACGAUUGAAACAGCAAUUCAAAAUAAUUAAAAUGUCUAACAACCUCGUUCCUCUCACCGUCAUCAAAGGCGCCGGCCACGAGUUCAUUCCCCUUCCUCAGGGCGAGAACGCAACGACGGCCGAUUUCCACUCCAUUCGCACCAAGACCGAGUCUCCCGCUUACUUUACCUCGGGUUUCUACAAAAUUGAGGCUGGACCUCAGCGACCGGCACACUACACGUUCGAGGAGACCAAGUACGUCCUGAAUGGUCAGAUUGAUGUUUUGGACGAGGCUACAGGAAUCACCCACCAUCUAGUCCCCGGUGACUUUGCUUUCUUCCACGUCGGAUCCAAGGUCAAGUUCUCCACCAAGUCCUCCGGUUUUGCCUUCUAUGCCGUCACCCGGCCGAUUCGAGCUCCCCACCCCAACCUGGAGGGCCGGGAGGAGAAGCAGGCCAAGUUGUAAGACAUGCAUAGCUAGUUAAAUACAAUCUAUAGAUAGCGAUAGCAAUUACGAAUCUCAAUACUCAAACUCAAUCAAUUAUAGAGACCUACAAAGUAUAGGCUAAUAGCUGAC